GGCGACAUUUUCGACCUGAACUUCGGUUGACUUCGGCGAAGUACACGGCAGUAUAUCCUGGAAAGUAGAAUUCUGCAAUAAAUUUUGUCUCGGUUAUCACAGUUCAAAUGUUUCAAAUCGAUGUUCAGGCAGAAUCUCGAUCUCAUAAAAUUUUGGCGCCCGUAUGUAUCCCGUCGAUCGCUGUCGAUAUAGUCCACCAAUCAGAAGGAAAGAGGAACAUUCAUUGCGGAGUUUGGGCGCGGAAUCCUUCAUCUUUGUGUUUUUCGGUGUAUUUAUAGCAGAUCGUAGCACGUUGUAGCAGGUAGACGCGAAGUAGGUGUGUGUGAUUUGUAUCAGUUUUAGGUCCGAUUCGAUAGUCGCUUAUAAGAAAACAAUAUGUUCGAAGCACGCCUUGUACAAAGUUCGAUCCUUAAGAAAGUUUUGGAGGCCAUAAAAGACUUACUUAAUGAAGCAACAUUUGAUUGUUCCGAUUCCGGCAUUCAACUUCAGGCGAUGGACAAUUCCCAUGUUAGCUUAGUUUCCAUGAAUCUAAGAAGCGAUGGAUUUGACAAGUACAGAUGUGACAGGAAUAUUUCCAUGGGCAUGAAUUUGGGCAGUAUGACCAAGAUCCUUAAGUGUGCUGCCAAUGAGGAUGUUGUAACAAUGAAGGCGCAGGACAAUGCCGACACUGUUACUUUUGUUUUUGAGUCCCCAAAUCAAGAGAAAGUGUCAGAUUAUGAAAUGAAACUGAUGAAUUUAGACCAAGAGCAUCUUGGGAUUCCAGAAACUAAUUAUGCUUGUGUUGUUCGGCUUCCUGCUGGCGAGUUUGCUAGAAUCUGCAGAGAUCUGAGUCAGUUUGGUGAAUCUGUUGUUAUUUCUUGCACAAAGGAAGGAGUGAAAUUCUCUUCUACUGGUGACAUUGGUUCAGCUAACAUCAAGUUGGCACAAACUAGCAAUGUUGAUAAAGAAGAGCUUGCAGUCACCAUUGAAAUGGAAGAGCCUGUAACACUGACCUUUGCAUCAAGAUACCUUAAUUCAUUCACCAAGGCAACAUCUCUCUCUAAUGUGGUUCAGCUGUCCAUGUCUCCUGAUGUUCCUUUGGUAGUGGAGUACAGAAUCGGGGACAUUGGGCACAUCAGAUAUUAUCUUGCUCCCAAAAUUGAAGAUGAGGAUAACAAUUAAAUUUUCUGUUCUUUUAUCAUAAUUGGUCAGAAUCUCAUUCCAUGGAAGGUGAAUAUGAACAGAAUGUCACUUUUACAUCAGCUUUUACCAGCAAAUUGCACCUAUUUUAAAUGAAGUAGAUGCACCAAAAUUCAUUGCAUGUAUUUAGUGACCAGAAGAGGCGAGCAUUCUCUCUCGGAUAUGUCACAUCAAAUAAAUGAUUGAUCAGCAAGGGUACACUAGCAGAAAGUGACUGCGAAUAAUAAAAUUGAUGCAGUAUAGUUUCUUCUUGAUUGCUGACAGUACUCUCCUGAAUGCGUACUGCUGUAUGCUUUGCUUUAAGGAAAAGAAAGCUGUUUGAAAGGUCAUGUGAACAGUAUACAGUUUCUGUUUGUAACAGCCUUAGUGUAUUUUUAAUUGUUUUUGUGUUUAUGAAUUUGUGGUGUAAUUACAAGGACAGAAUAUACAGUACUACUAUAAUUAUGGAUUAGAAAACAAGCAUUGGUAACGAAUAAAAUUGCAUAAUUUAUUUAAUGUGCGAAGGAAUUUUUAUACAUGCUAAGUUUCACAAUGAAAAAUUAGCCAUAAAUAUUGCAAAAUAUUAUUAAUGUUUAUUAUGAGAACAUUCCUCCAGCCAUACUUCUCUGUAGCUGGGAGUGCUGUGAGGGUACUAGAUAUAAUUCUGAUACACCCAGAUGUUACAUUCACUUUGCAGUAAAUGUAGUAAUUUUCCAAAACGAAUCUAAGAUCAUGAAAAAUGAUUGAACCUAAAGAUAACCCUCUCCCCCUAACUGAGAAACAUGUCUCACAUUGAAUGAUUUUAUUACUGUCUUCAUUCCCAAUGUCAUCUUCAGUGUAUUAUCUUUUCUUGGCAAAUUACUACUUCCAGUUUAUGGCUUCAGUAGUACUUCAGGAAAACUCAUGGCAGCUCACGGCUUCUGGCCCUGAUAUAUUUCUUUCUUGUGUUGAUUUUGGUGGUACUUCGUACAAACGUAAUUCUUGGCUCUUGGCCCCGGUCUCACUUAGUACACUGGCAUAAGGUACAAGUGUUAACACACAUCUUAAAAAGACUUUAAUCCACUAAGAACUGAAAACACUGAUAUACAAGGUGUUUCAUGACCAUGCCAGUACUCCAGGAACUUAUUCCUGAGGCUGUUCCACAUUAGAAAUGUCAUGAACAUGCAUCAGAUUUGCAAGUCAUAAAACUAUAAGCACUUCAAGUUCAAAAAUGAUUUACACAUAACUAUACUAUUUUAAGAAACAAAUUCUUACAUUGUAAAGUUGACAAUAGAUAUUCAAAGUGACUACCAUAGCUCUAUGACAACUGAGAAUCUGACCUGUGUUCGUAUGACAUUUCUGAAUGGGAAUGGUUUCAAGAAUAAAUUCCUGAAACGCUAUAUUUCACACAUACAAAAGACUACUCUUCUUAAUUAACUCAGAAAAUAAUGGAAAAGAAAAGGCUCCUCUUUGAGUAAAUAUGAUUCAUUGGUUAAUUUUAUUUGCAUUUCUCCAUAUUUGAUACAAAUUGUCCAGAAUGCUCUUUUUGCAUUUAACUUUGUAUUUAUUCAGUCUUCACAAUAUUCUCUUCUAGAGUACAGUCAUAAGUACUAUUUCUGUAGUAACAAUAAAUACCUGAAUACAAAUGACAUUACAUCUUGAUUUAUGAACUUGCAUUAUUGAAACAAGUCAGUAGAAAGUCAGUUAUUUAAGGGAAGCACCCUGGUGAAAGUUUAAGUAUUUACUUGACUUUAAGAUGUUGAGUACAUGUUGUACAAGUACUUUGUUGCUAUAAAUGUGUUCAUAUCUGCAUCCUGGUUUAAUGACUGUAAAGUUGGGUAUACACAUCUAAUUUUAGUGGCAUGUCUAAUAUACUAAGUCUUAAGCAGUUAAACAUGAAAUAGAAAUAUCCUUUAACAUCAUCUCCAGUUUGAAAAAUUUGUGAACUGGAUUGAUAAUGGCUACUUCCCUUUGUUAUUCUCCAUACGAAAAAUAUAAAAUGUGUUGUGUUCAUA